GUAAAUCCUUCCUCUCUUCUCAUCUAGAAAUAAUUACCAUCCUUCUCUGUCAACUUUUUUGGAGAUUUUGUUUCAUUUCUGUAUCAAUGGCGCCUGCUCUUUUGCUAAAACCAUCAUGUUUGAUCUUUAUUUUACUAACUGUAGCAUCAAGCAUGCAACCUUAUAUCCUCGUAGCUGCAUCAGUUCCUUGUUAUUUCAUAUUUGGCGAUUCCUUGGUUGAUAGUGGCAAUAAUAAUGGACUGUCUACAAGUGCAAAAGUCAAUUAUCCACCUUACGGGAUUGAUUUUCCUGCUGGCCCAACAGGAAGGUUCACUAAUGGAAAAACCGUAGCAGAUAUAAUCACCGAGCUUUUGGGUUUGAAAGAUUAUAUUCAACCAUUUGCCACAGCUACAGCAUCAGAAAUAAUCAAUGGUGUGAAUUAUGCAUCUGGCUCCUCAGGAAUUCGUGAUGAGGCUGGACGUAAUUUGGGUACUCAUGUUGGCUUCAAUCAGCAAUUAAACAACCACCAGAUUACAAUAUCAAGCUUGACUAAAACUCUAAAAGAUUCAACUGCAGCUCACCUUAAUCAAUGCCUAUAUACUGUUGGAAUGGGCAGCAAUGAUUAUAUAAACGACUACUUUCUGCCUGGCUCCGCAACGAGUACUCAGUAUACUCCUGAUCAGUUUGCAGGUGUUCUUAUCGAUCAAUAUUCUAAGCAAAUCAGGACGUUGCACGAUGCUGGAGCAAGAAAGAUUGCCUUGUUUGGUUUAGGAGCAAUUAGCUGCACUCCAAAUUCAAUUGUUUUAUUUGGCAAGAAUGGUACAUGUGCAGAGAGCAUUACUGGUGCAGUUCAGCUUUUUAAUGUCAGGCUAAAAUCUCUUGUUGAUCAACUCAAUAAAGAAUUAACCGAUUCGAAAGUUAUUUAUAUCAAUUCAAUUGGAACGUUAAGAAGAAAUCCUACUAAGCUUGGUUUCAAGGUCUUCAAAUCUAGCUGCUGUCAAGUUAACAAUGCUGGUCUCUGUAAUCCAAGCUCAACUGCAUGUCCUAAUAGAAACGAGUUCAUAUUCUGGGAUGGUUUCCAUCCUACAGAGGCUAUGAAUAAACUUACAGCAGCAAGGGCGUUCCACGCUGCUGACCCUUCUGAUGCUUAUCCGUUUGGUAUCAGCCAGCUAGUUCUUUAGUAUUUUGUGAGGAUGUAGUUCGUUUAUUAUAUGCUAUGAGGUCAGAAGCGGCAAACUGAUAGUUAUAUUAUGCUAUUAAAUGCUCAAGAUUUUAUAUCUGCACCAUCUAAUUAGCAGUCCAAAAUCUCUGUGGACUACAAACUUAGAUAAUUGUAUACUUAUUUAAUUUUUCAUUAUUAUUUAAUAUAAAGUAUUUUUUAUUUUA